AUGAAGAUAUCAACCCAUGGAUAUGUUUUGUUAUCCAUCCUUUUGUUAAUCAUUUCCAUUACUGCUAUUGAUAUUAAUGGAGACGAAAAUGCAGAUUACAAUUACAUGUCCAAACUUUUGAAAGCACUAACCCCAACUCCCUCUAACUGGUCUAACAACACUCACUACUGCAGAUGGAACGGCAUUGUUUGUGAUCAGUCUCAUCGAAUUCGAAACAUCACGCUUCCAUCAAGUUCACUCACUGGUACACUCCCUUCCAACCUCAACUCUCUCUCUUAUCUAACCCACAUCGACCUCCACAACAACUCACUCACCGGUACUUUGCCUGAUUUGUGUCACCUCGACUCACUUGAAACCGUGCACCUUGGUCACAAUAACUUCACCGAAAUCACUACCGGUUGCCUUACAAGCUCAAAUAUACAAACCUUCAACCUUAGCAAUAACUUGAAUAUCCGAUCCUGGAUGUUUCCUAGGCCUCAUUUUGAGGGGUGUGAGUAUCUGCAAUACCUCGAUCUAGAAGCCACAAAUAUGGAAGGUGACAUCCAGUUGGUAGAGUUCGGUUCAUUUCCAGAUUUGCAUACCUUUGUUGUUUCUCACAACAACCUCACCGGAACUCUGCCAGUGUCUCUUGGGAAAUCUAAAGUAAAGUAUUUGCGGUUCAAUGACCAAGGGGAAUACAGUGGGUUUUCGGGUAGAAUUGACGUUAUAUCAUCCAUGAGUAAUUUGUCUCAGGCGUGGCUUCAGAACAACACAUUCACAGGUUCAAUACCCAACAUGUCCAAUUGCACUCAUUUGUUUGAUUUACAACUUGAGUCAAAUUCCUUAAUUGGUUUGGUGCCACCUUCAUUGCUCUCUCUAUCUAGCUUGAAGGACCAAUACCUGAGUUUCACAAAGGUGUUAAGGCAACUUGGGAUGGAAAUAAUUUUUGUAGAAGCGAUGCAGGACCAUGUGAUCCACAGGUUACGAAUUUAUUUGAAAUUUUUGAAGCUUUUGAGUAUCCUUAUUUUUUGUCAAUUAAAGGGAACAAUGCUUGUACCGGCGGGUAUCUUGGUUUAGGGGGAAUUAUUUCUCCUGCAUUUUCCAAUUUAACAAGUUUAGUCAAAUUGACUCUUGCUGGUAAUAAUUUGACACAUUCAAUACCACACAGUCUUUACAACUUUGCCUCAACUUCAGCUUCUUGACGUUUCUGAUAAUAAUCUGACUGAACAAGUUCCCAAAUUUCCAUCCAAGGUCAAGUUAAAUACCACAGACAAUGCUUUGCUUGGCUUAAAUAUGUCUAGACCAACACAUAGACCUGUUUGGAUUGCAGGGGCAUCGGUGUUAAGUGUUGGAUUUGUCAUACUUGUGCUGAUUAUUUGUAAACAUAAGAGGUAUCAUAUUUUAGUAUAUAGGUGGAUCUUCAAGAAAACAAUAAAAUCUACUGAC